GCAGAGUACUAACGUUGUGCUCUAACCAGGCUUAUUCUACAUAUUUGCACAGUUUUAGAUAAGGCAGUAUUUUUGGAAUUUAUUGCGAUAUCUGCGGUCCUGCACACUCCCAAACUAUAUUAAUAACCACUAGCCAGCUAGUUCGGCCAGCUACUUCAGAGAGUUAUAUGACUGCUUGUGUAACUCGGACAGGGUGCUAUUUUAUUGAGCAAAAAAGACUUUUUCUGUUGACGUUAGUUAACCAGAAACCUUGAAUUGGCCGCAUUAGCCCCGUCGCCUGCUCGCUGUUGACAACAAUGAGCUGGUCAGUCAUGUUGAGCCGAGUCAGUGCUUUACAGAUUAAAACACACGUUUGAAGGCGCAAGCGUCCUGCCUCCGGGAACGCCGGCAGGAACGGUUCACCCUCUGCUUCGCGUUUGUGUUCUGCAGCCUGAAGGAAGCCGCUCGAAGUGCCUCCCCUCACUGCCCCAAACCAGACGAACCCGAGGAACCGCUGGGCACAGCCAUGGAGACUGGAGCCGCACAGGAUGUCAAAGUGAAAUCUGAGAAUAUGACAUUUGAAGGAGUCAUCACUAAGGAAAUGGUGGAAGAAGAGAAGCAGCUGAUGGAGGAAGGGGAGAGGAAAGAAAAGGAGCUGAUGGAAAAGGCCCGGGAAUCGUGGGAGAGGGACUCUCACAACAUGCGGUUCAGGAGACUGCAGCAUUUGCUUCACAAGAGCAACAUCUACUCUAAGUUCCUGCUGACUAAAAUGGAGCAGCAACAGAAUGAGGAGAACCUCAGGAAGGAGAAACUUGAAAAGAAGGCCAAGAAGAAGCAGAACACAAACAGCGCAGAGCCCGAGAAAGAUAAAAAGAAGAGGAGGAGGGAUGAAGACUACAAAAUAGCAGAUGUCAUGUCAAAAGAAGAAAUCAUGUCGCAAGCUAAGAAAGCAAAAGUGGAGGAAGCGGUAAUGGUUGAGGCACCGGCCCAGAAGAAACUAGAAGCUGAAGAUAUCGAGAAGAUGAGCGAUUCCAACCAAGACAUCAAGAACCGUCUGUCGGAGACGGUGCGAGACAACGCCAAGCAUCUCCUGCAUCCGCACAGGAAGGUGAACGGCCAGCCGGUGCCCGCCCAGCAGCCGCAGCUCUUCACCGGAGGGGUCAUGAGGUGGUACCAGGUCGAAGGCAUCGAGUGGCUGAGGAUGCUGUGGGAGAACGGCAUUAACGGGAUCCUGGCUGAUGAGAUGGGACUGGGAAAGACCAUCCAGUGCAUCGCUCACAUUGCUAUGAUGAUAGAAAAGAAAGUGAUGGGCCCCUUCCUGGUGGUGGCCCCUCUCUCCACUCUGCCCAACUGGAUCAACGAAUUCAAGCGCUUCACACCAGAGGUGUCUGUGCUGCUUUACCACGGCCCCCAGCCAGAGAGGGCCAAGCUGCUGAAGCAGAUCCACAGGCCCCAGGGGCCCCUCAGCAUGUGUCCUGUGGUCGUCACCUCCUUUGAGAUCUCCAUGAUUGACAGAAAGUUCCUACAGCACUUCCAGUGGAAGUACCUGAUAGUGGACGAAGGCCACAGGAUAAAAAACCUCAACUGUCGGCUGGUGCGGGAGCUGAAGGUGCUGCCCACUGACAACAAGCUGCUGCUGACGGGCACGCCGCUGCAGAACAACCUGGCUGAGCUCUGGUCCCUCCUCAACUUCCUCCUGCCAGAGGUCUUUGAUGACCUCAAGAGCUUUGAGUCGUGGUUUGACAUCGACACCCUCGGUGAGGUUGAGAGUGUGGUGGCUGCUGAGCGCGAGCAGAACAUCCUGAGCAUGUUGCACCAGAUUCUGACUCCGUUCCUGCUGAGGAGGCUGAAGUCAGACGUGACGCUGGAGGUUCCUCCUAAGAAGGAGAUCAUAGUUUACGCUCCUCUGACAGCCAAACAGGAGGCCUUUUACACCGCAGUGGUGAACAAAACCAUCGGCAAGAUGCUGGGCCAGGAAAAGACGGAGGCUCCUGUAGCGUCGACGUCGAGUGGCAGGCCAAAGCGUCGCAGUCGAAAGGUGGUGGACUACAGUGAAACAGAUGGAGACACGCCGUAUGAGCUGGAGAAAUAUAUGGAGAGGGUCUCUAAGGAGCUCGAGCAGAGCUCCCCUCCAGUGCUGGACGUCCAGAGUCCGCUGGAUGCCCAGAUCAACCUGAAGCUGCAGAACAUUCUCAUGCUGCUAAAGAGAUGCUGUAACCACCCCUACCUGGUGGAGUACCCCCUCGACCCUGCCACUCAGGAGUUCAAGAUUGAUGAACAGCUGGUGCAGAGCUCCGGAAAGUUUCUCAUACUGGACAGACUUCUGCCAGCGCUGAAGAAAAGAGGACAUAAGGUUCUGAUCUUCAGUCAGAUGACGUCCAUCUUGGAUAUUUUAAUGGAUUACUGUUAUCUACGGGGCUUCCAGUACAGCCGACUGGAUGGCAGCAUGUCCUACUCCGACCGAGACGAAAAUAUGACCAAGUUUUCCCAAGAUCCAGAGGUGUUCCUGUUCCUGCUGAGCACCAGAGCAGGAGGACUUGGGAUCAACCUGACAGCUGCCGACACUGUCAUCAUCUUUGACAGUGACUGGAACCCCCAGGCAGACCUGCAGGCUCAGGACCGCUGUCACCGCAUCGGGCAAACCAAACCCGUGGUGGUGUACCGCCUUGUCACAGCCAACACUAUCGACCAGAAGAUCCUGGAGAGGGCCUCGGCCAAGAGGAAGCUGGAGCAGAUGGUCAUCCACAAGAAUAAGUUCAAAGGCGGGAAGGCAGAGCUGAACCAAAGUAAAAGCUGCAUUGAUCUGGAUGAGCUGAUGGAGCUGCUCAAAGCCAGAGGCACUGAGAAGGAGGUGAAAGCAUCAAGGGGGAAGGUGAUCAGCGACAAGGACCUGGAGAUUUUGCUGGAUCGCAGUGACUUGCUGGACAAAGAAAAGGGGAGCAUGAAGAAAGAGAAGGUGGGAGUCUUCAGAGUGAACGAUGCCAAAGAGUUGUCAGAGGUCACGUUGACCUAAGAACAUUUGAAAUAUUGAGAUGUGACCUUCUGACCACAGUCCUUCUGGAAAAACUAAAGCUGCACCUAGAUGACUCACAACUGCUGUCAGUGAAAAUAUCCUCAAACUGCUGUUUGUAGACUUUGAAUGGUGGUUUUUUUGUUUGUUUGUUUUUGUCCUUUACUUUCUCAACUGCCUUGGUAGUAUUCUGUUUAAUGAGCUUUUUUGUUGUACUGUUUUGGUGUUGGCGUAGUCUGUUGUGUUGAACCGCUGUACCCUUUUUAAGUCAUUUUGAUCAUUUUCAUGACAAAAGAUGAAGAAAAAAAGAUUCAGUGUGCCCAGAUUCUCAUGUUCUCCCUUAAGGUGGCAUUAAGAACAUCAUUGGACAGUAGAGCCUGCCAGUGAAACCCACAACACAUUCCACCUGUGAAAUGCAGUCCAAAUGUUUGAUUAGAAGUCAGAGCAGUAGAGUGACUGCGAUUUUUCCAUUGAACCUGAUGGGUUGGAUGCUUUCUUCACUUUCAGGAUGCUGCUCACAUAGUGUGAUUUUUGUUAACAGUCUUCUUUUACCUUCACUCCAACUGUCCUGACUGUUAACAUGCACAGGGUCUAUGCAUCUGUUUAUCGAGACAAAGCUGUAGUGACAUGGUCUAGUCGGGUUAGUCCUGAUUUUUAUUUGGCCAUUCAAAACACAUUAUCGUUAAAGAGGUUGUAAUCGAAGCACUUUCAGUUGAAGCAUACGCAUUCUUUCAUGUCUUUUUAUAUAAAUAAACUACGAUUUGAUAACUUUCA